AUGCUGCUACCCAAUAUUCCGGUUCUGAUCUUUCUUAGUCAAGGCUUGGUCGCGCAGUGCCUGGCUAACACUACUUGGCCCAACUCGUUUCCUAAGCAACUUGUCGCCAACCAGCGUCGUCAAGGUCUGACCACUUCGGAAUAUCUGUACCAUCAUACGAUAGUUCACGGCCGCAAAUCAUGGAACGCUCCGGACACUGUCGACCAGCCUAUCGCCUAUGUCCAGGGUCACAUCUUUGACUCAGCCUACGGAAUCAAUACUACGGAAAAUCAUGCGCAACCCUCAUAUUUCGGCCACAACGACAUAACCGAGCUUUACAGCCGUUCUCAAUCAUCCUUUUCCACACCACCAUCGAAUAACUACACUGCGACGGUCAUCGGCCCCGAUGGGAAUGCUUUCAGUGACUUCUCGGGAGUGAUGAGCUUUUACGCUUACGAAGCGUUCCAUGAUAUACAGAACACCUGCGAAUCUUCCGAUCAUUUCGAAACUUACAAUGCCUUUUACUGGGUUGUUGCAAAUGCUUCCAACGCGAACACGUCUUCGUUUGACAACUCAACCUUCGCAGCCAACAUUAUGAACAGUCUUCUCGCGGACAUUCCCUCCGGUACAAUCUACAACGCCAGUACCCACACGCCGGUCCCUGGUCUCGACUCUCGUGCCUACUAUGGUGGUUACAAUAAUCCAAGUCUGAACGGUGUCUUCAAAUUCUGGCUUUGUGACGACAACCCCUCCGUUACUGCGUUCAGGAAUGCACAGGCCAAACUUAUUGCAAAGAACAAAGACCUUGGUAUCAACUUCGAUGCGAGCUUUGUUACGUUCAGUCGAUCUUUUCUUCUGUAUGAUCGUCUGAAUAACAUACCUUUUGAUACUACAAGGGGGAAUUAUGCUCUUCUUGCAGACCGCUUUCGCGGCAAUGUUGCGCAGCCCCCAAAGUUAUAG